CUCGGCAUUAGCCCUUCUAUCUUUUUUGUUUAUAUCUGUAGACGUGCUCAUUAUGUACUGCCAUAUCUACUGUUUGUUUAGUCCCCAAAUCAAUAACUUUGUUACUUGCUAAAAAAAGCCCUUUCCUGAUGGUAUUUAUUGUAUCUGCCAGAACAGUCGUUUCAGAGAAUGGAUUUCACAACUUCAGUUUCAGUUUACUAAAGAGAAAUCAUUGUGAGGGAUAAUAGUGAGCAGAUGUGUAAUUCGGUGUAACAUUUCCAUUGUGUUCUCUAGUGCUAUCCAGCCAAUGGGCCAAUUAUCUGAGACAGCACAUUGAUGACUAGAUUAUACUGUAAUAAUGAGGUCAUGUAAAGCAGUCUUGUAUCCCACUGGCUGGAUAGGGGGCAUACAAGUACCUUGGAGGACCACAUCUAGCACAUGGGUCUCCAGUUGGUCAUUAGUACCCCCCAGAGCUCCUUAAUAUCUCUAAUGUGUAAGUGAUCUUAGGGCCCUUCAUCCCUUGGACUUUGAAAGAAUUGGGUUGCCUAAAGGUCCUCCCCAUGGAUCUCAACUGUAGGAGUAAUGGAUGGUAGAGAAGGGUAAAGAGAUCCCCCCUUGCCACUACAGAUAUUGUCAAUACCCUUGGAUAUCCUGAGAAUAUCCUGUGUGGCAAUAAAACAUUUUUAACUUGUUUUUUUUUUUUUAAAUUAACUGUUGGGCAGUGAUUCCCAACAAACUAAAUGCUGGAAAGGGCAGACUAGAAAGCCAAAAUGAAAUGUUUCUAGAAACGGACUGUUCUAUAAAGAACUAAAAGUGUACUUAACCCUUUGCCUGCCAAGCACGUACGGUGUAUGUGCUGGCAGGCAGGGACAUCAUAUGUCCUUGCAGAAAUUGCCGGUUCUCUCUGCAUUGGCGGCUUUAGCCACCUCUGCAGAGAGUGGGCAGAAUUGACAGCCCCUUGGGCAAUGAAACUGGGGGACUGACAUGUCGGUCCUGCAACAGGAUUAUCGCAGGUCUGACCUAAAAGCAGCAGACGCAGCAGAUCAUGCGUCUGCUGCUCUGCCUGACUUCCUUGUGCUGCUGGUCCCACCCACCAACUUCCUGCUGCACGAAACUCCGCUGACAGCUGCUCCAGGAACCCUCCAGCAACCAGAUCAACCCUCCUGCUCCAGGAAUGAUAAUUUGGCGAGACUGGGAGAUGCCACUCAGAGCUCAACUUACAGACCCGAGUACAACGCUGGUGCCGCUAUUGAUGGCAAUAAGGUGACAAAUAUGAUGUUGGGCUCAUGUUCCCACACCAAUAAUGACAACCCGGCUUGGUGGCGGCUGGACCUAAAGAAAAGAUACAAAGUGGACAAAGUGGUGAUAGUGAACAGAGGAGACUGCUGCGAUGAGAGACUGUUGGGAGCCCAGAUUCAUAUUGGAAAUUCAGCAAAUAACAACAACCCAAUAUGCGGCAGCAUAAACAGCGUCUCUGAGGCCACUAUCACUCUGUCCUGUCAUGGGAUGGAGGGUCAGUAUGUGAGUGUGGUCAUUCCCGGGAGGGCAGAAAAUCUCCAGCUCUGUGAAGUGGAGGUUUAUGGGCAAGAAGUUAAAUGUGUUGCAGAUAAUUUGGCGAGACUGGGAGAUGCCACUCAGAGCUCAACUUACAGACCCGAGUACAACGCUGGUGCCGCUAUUGAUGGCAAUAAGGUGACAAAUAUGAUGUUGGGCUCAUGUUCCCACACCAAUAAUGACAACCCGGCUUGGUGGCGGCUGGACCUAAAGAAAAGAUACAAAGUGGACAAAGUGGUGAUAGUGAACAGAGGAGACUGCUGCGCUGAGAGACUGUUGGGAGCCCAGAUUCAUAUUGGAAAUUCAGCAAAUAACAAAAACCCAAUAUGCGGCAGCAUAAACAGCGUCUCUGAGGCCACUAUCACUCUGUCCUGUCAUGGGAUGGAGGGUCAGUAUGUGAGUGUGGUCAUUCCCGGGAGGGCAGAAAAUCUCCAGCUCUGUGAAGUGGAGGUUUAUGGGCAAGAAGUUAAAGCUAUUACAGCAGUGAAUGUGGCAAGAUGGGGAAGCGUCAGUCAGAGCUCCACUUAUAGACCAGAGUACAGCGCUGAAACAGCUAUUGAUGGUGAUAAAGAGACAAAUAUCUUCAUGCACCCGUGUGCCCACACUAAUCCUGAUAAUCCUGCUUGGUGGCAACUGGACUUAAAGACUGCCUAUAUGAUUGAGUCAGUGGUCAUAGUGAACAGAGGAGACUGUUGCAGUGAGCGCCUGCUGGGAGCCCAGAUCCGUGUUGGAAACUCACCAUUUCACAACAACCCUGUAUGCGGCACCAUCACCGACGUCUCUGAAACGACCAUCACUCUGUCCUGUCACAAGAUGGAGGGUCGCUAUGUGAGUGUGGUGAUUCCCGGGAGAGCGGAAUAUCUCCAUAUCUGUGAAGUGGAGGUUUAUGGGGUGAAAAUCUAAAUAUGAUGCCCCACAUGUUGGUUCAAGAAUAGACAUUUAUUCAUUUAUUAGGCCGGGCAUGGGUUAUUGAUUCAGUGUAAAAUUGUGUUUAAGUUCGGUGCAAUAUUCUAGUCGUUUUCUGUUCAUGACACUCAAUAUAAAUAAUCAAUAAACUGAGAUGUGAUAAA